AUGGCGGGCUUGCCAACUGGACUGAAUCACGAGAAUAAAAGAAACAAAUGUGCAUUCUCUGAAGAAAGAUUCAAUUCAGACUCAAAAAGUGUGGACUUAAGAGAAUCUAAACUUGAGAAGGAAUCAAAUGAGUCUGUUUCCAAGGGAACCAGGAUUCAUGCAACAGUGGUUGAAGAAUUUAUACAAAAACAUCGACAAGCUUUUAAAGAAGGUGUGGCUGUUAGCAUCAACGCUUUCAAAGUUAAAGAAUAUGGUGGGGAUUACAGAACCUCUCUGUUGCCGUUCAAGAUGGAAUUAACCCGAACAAGUGUUAUCAAACCAGUUUGUGAUUUCCCAAAAGAAUUCCCAGAAAAAUAUUUUUGUGAUUUUUCUGAGAUUUUGGAUGAUAAACUCGACAAAAACAUCUUGAUUGAUGUUAUUGGACAAGUGUUUAGCGUGGGUGCCAAAGAUGAUAUUCAAACAAGAGGA